GUUUAGAGGAAGCGGCAUAAUAAGUGGGGCCAGAGGCUGAUGCAACCAGGAGAAAUAAGUGUUGGCUCUGCCUGCUGCUGUCAUAAACGAGUAUCCAUGUGGAGCUUAUUUGCUUUUCAAAUAGUUUUUGGAUGAGAUGUGAAGCGAGGUACAGGCCGAAAGCAAAGAGACGUGAGCUCAGAUUACCUUAUGGAGAAGACAAAGCUUUGGGUCACCUCUUCUGUGAACUGAAAACGCAGUAAUACUCAAAUUCAAGGUUUAUAUUUUAAAACCUGGGGCUCUUUUACUGCUGCUCCCGGCGGGAGGAGGGGGAGGGAUUUUCCCGCAACAGAGGUGACGCUAAUCUCCGGGGAUUUCCGCGCAGCGCAGCGGCCAAUCAGACACGCUGCGGAAACGGAGACCUAAAGCAAAACUAUCUCACAGCCUCGCAGAGUUCUGACACAGUCUGCGCUGGUGACUAGACUCGAAACCCACUUUGAAGGGUUCCUGAUCGACAGCAGAGGAACAUUUCCUGGACCCAUCCGGGUUGAAGAAAAAUCAAACUCACGACGGCCGACAUCAAGGUCUUCACAACCUCCUCACAUGAGAUGAAAGAUAUGGACUUCUAUAAAGAGGAGCCAACACCUAAUUCAGGAAUCAACACUUAUUCGCACCGUUCUGUUACCAAUGGGGAGCUCGACCUAAUUGUAGAAAUUAUCAAUGGCUGCCAUGAACUACAGCAAGGCUCCCUUCCUGGUCCACCUCCUCCUCCUUCUCCGGACCCUUACUGUCAGAGCCUUCUGAACCAAAACAACUUUCCCCCCCAGCAGAACCCCCAGUCAACGUCCAAACCUGUGCUGGUACCACGAGGCACUGCACCUAGAUCCCGCCCAAUGUCAGAGAUGGCGUCUGCUCCUUCUUCCCACCUAUCCGGGCCUCCAAUGUGCUCCACAGGUCGAGGUCGAGGACCGUCCGGUUCGCUGACCACCAAAGGCUCUGUUCCUUCCCAAGGCCUUCAAAGCAACGCUAACGCGUUGGAGCAGAUUCUGGAGAAGCCUAGGCUGGUGGUGGUGGAGGAGCCCAAGGACAGGGGAAUGAGGUUUCGCUACGAGUGUGAAGGACGCUCGGCCGGCAGCAUCCUGGGGGCGUCCAGCACUGAUAACAACAAGACGCAGCCCACAAUAGAGAUUCAGGGUCCUAUCAACCACCUAAAGAAGGUCACAGUGACGGUUUCGUUGAUCACCAAAGACCUACCCCACCGGCCUCACCCCCACUGCCUCGUGGGUAAAGACUGUGUAGCUGGCUCAGGGAUCUGUGUGGUCUCCUUUAACCCUAAUACCACCCGACGUCACAGCUUUGCCAAUCUUGGGAUCCAGUGUGUGAGGAGGAGAGAGCUGGACGUCUCACUUCAGAGGAGGAGAAGCCAAAAUAUCGACCCUUUCAAGACUGGUCACACUAAGGGCAUCGAGGACAUGGACAUGAACGCAGUGCGUUUGUGUUUUGAGUGCUUGCUUGAGUGGGACGACGGCAGGAAGGACUCUCUCUUCCCAGUUGUGUCCAAACCUAUUUAUGACAAGAAGGCGACGACUACGUCAGAGCUGAAGAUCUGCCAACUGAACCUGAACAGAGGGUCCUGCAAGGGCAAGACGGAGGUCUACAUGCUGUGUGACAAAGUGCAGAAAGAUGACAUAGAGAUCCUCUUCAGGGAAGGCUCGUGGAAGGCGAACGGGGAGUUCGCUCAGACAGACGUCCACCGGCAGAUAGCCAUCGUGUUUAAAACUCCCCCCUACCAGGACCAAGACAUCACGGAGGAGGUUGAGGUCAGCAUCGUCCUUCGCCGCGUCUCGGACCAGAUGGAGAGCGAACCUGUCAGCUUCACCUACUUGCCAUACAAUCCCGAUCCAUAUGGAGUGAAGCGAAAGAGAACCACAAUAAAAAGGGACAUCAGUGUGACAGAGCCUCCACCACCUUCAGAGCAGACCUUCAACUUCCACGUGAUGCCAUCAGAUGAGAGCCAACACCCCAUUAUGCCUGCUGCAGAAACGGGCCUGCUGGACCCCAGCUCUAUCGACGAGCAGAUUGUCUUCAGUGAGUUGCUGCACUUUCUGAGCGAACAGAACUUGCCAACUGACAUGGACACCAACUCCGCCGUUUUUCCUAUUACGAAUAUGAACUUCAACGCUAACUACAACACAUGCCCACCGGACUUUUCCCAGUUUAAUGACAUCCAGUUUAAUAUGCUUUUCAACGACAAUCAGAUCGCUCAAUCAGAACAGCAGGACAGCGUCAUCCAGGUGAAAGCAGAGGAAGAGCUAUGAGGUUGGAGCAGCACAGCUUUCCCUUCUGACAACGUUGUGGAUCUCAGACUGGUAUUGAUUUUCACGUGUAUGGAUCAGAUGAGGCCAGACCACGUUUUCCUAAACCACAAGGAAGCAAAUGCAUUGUUUGCUCCAGCUGCUUGCACUGUGUGAUGUAGUUUUAGACUGCUUUUAGUUUCAACACGUCGGCUCUUUUUAUAUUUUAAUAACCCCACAUAUUGUAACUUUAUGCUAAAGCCUUGCUGGUCAAGGCUAAUCAAACUCGGAACAUGUUAACUUGUUAAAAUCAUUCCUGCAUUCCAGAAGUGCUGCAAGCAUUAAUUUUAAGAAUUACAAGUCAGAGUAAAGGAAUUUAGAGUUUCUCAUUUUAACCUGCAAUUAGUUUCAGAAUUUGCUCCUCAUGUAAUAAUGGCCAAAAUAUUAGCCUCUUUGUGAUUUUUGGGAAAACUUCCUGCUAAAUCCCAAUCACAAGAUUUCACAUGUCAAGUAUUAACAUUGUCUUUUACUGCUCUCUUUAGAUGUGACCGUCGCGCUUGGUUAAUAAUCCACCUAAGUAUAAUAGAAACCACUCCUCUUUCUAUUCUUAGCCCUGUCUGUCAGUUCCCUUUGUGCCAUAGUUUCGGUCCCGUGCGCUGAAUUUACCUCUCACAUGUCCUACUCCGCCCACUUGCUGUAUUGUAAAUAUGUGAAAUAAAAAUAAAAUAUAAAUGUGA